AUGCGCUAUGCAUCUGUGGUGCACCCCCAAACCAACGGACAAGUCGAAGUGCCAAACAAGAUCAUUAAGAAGUUGCUCAAGAAGAAGAAGCUUGAUGACGCUAAGGGCUUAUGGGCUAAAAAACUCCCAGAGGUCUUGUGGGCCAUCAGGACAACCCCAACAUCCGCCAACAGGGAAACACUAUUUUGCACGAUGUUUGGCACAGAGGCGGUCCUCCUAAUUGAAGUCACACGGCCAACUGCUAGGGUUAAGGGCUAUGAUGCCAAAACCAGUGAUGAUGGCAUCUACCUCAACAAGGACUUGCUCGAGGAAAAACGCCGCAAGGCACACUUGCACAACUUGCAAAACAAGUAA